GCCGAUAGUCAUUAAGUAAAAGCUCGGCGGUUUUCCUGAGUCCUGAGUCUGGCAUCACGCCACUUUAUUCCGUUCCGUGCGAUGGAGACGUCGGCCACCCCCGCCUCGCACCUGGAGGAUCUUCCUUUAGCCCCUGCUCCUGCAGCCACAUCACCUGACUCGUCGUCGUCCGCUUCGAGCUCCGGAGGCGAAGAACCCGCCGAGAAACUGCCGCCUGCAGCUCCAGUGCUCAAACCGCUGGACCCUGCGAGCGACGAAGACGCAGGUGACGCUCCCACAGCGACAGGCAAUGGGGCAAGCGCUCACGGUCUAGCCGGUGCCUUUGGUCUCAUGAAAGAUCGAGCGGCUACGGCCAAGAAGACACUGGGACCGCAACUGCUGAAUAUGAAGGACAUGACCAGCAAAAAGUUGGAGAAGUACCAGCCGACAAUUGUGAAGGCCAAGACGUCGGCUACUGCAGGUUUGACGACAGCGGCCAGUAAAAUGAAAGAAGGAUCGACCCAGGGCUGGAGUAUGUUGAAGACCAAGCUGGCGGCGGCUGGACCUGUGGCCGAGAGGAUCCACACGAUGGGACUCAAUGUCAUGACCGACAUUUAUCUCGGAGACACCACAGUGGAUGCGCUGGGGUAUGUGGAUGACCCCAAAAGUGCCAGCUGUCUCUUUUUACACAAGUACAAAACUGGGAAUCCAAGCUCCGACUCACCGUCGAAAACAAUGGGGCUGUUAAGAAUGACGCGCACGAUCAGCAACUCGAGUGUCCAGUCAACUGAGAAUGAACCAGUUGCACCAGUUGCGCCAGGUGAUCAAUGCCUUGCCACACCUUAUAUUCUAGGCAACAUUUUGCUGUACUGUGGAGAUCUACCUGUACUAGCGCGAGUGUCCUGUGUGAACAAAGCGUGUCGAGAUUUCAUCGCAUCCGAGCGAAGAUUAGAGAAGUUCUGCGUGCGCUACGGACAAUUGCCGUCUAGUCUCCGGUUUGCGUACUGGGAGAAAUCUGCAAACGUCCGUAAAACUCGUGACACUGCUGAGCUGGACUACGAUACGUAUCUGCAGAUGGCCAUCUCGAAAGGUGACGCAACAGAGUCGAUUCUGACGGAUGUGCGUCGUACGUAUGGCCGUGUAGCACCCCACAAACGUGCAGCGAACCACAAAGACCAUGUAUCUGAGGAAGACUUGACCACGCAGCUGAGUGAGAUCUUACACGCCUUGGCCGGUCGAUUCCCAGCUGUUGGGUACUGCCAAGGAAUGGAUUACAUCGCUGCUCAUGUGUUGAAUAAAGUCAAGAAGAGCGGGUCUGCUGCUGAUACCAAGGCUGAAGCGGAGAGCACCUUCUGGCUGCUAGUGACGCUGUUUGAACGCUACGAGCUGCACGAUAUGUUCGCUCCUGGACUGCACACUCUGCAUGUGCAUUGCUUCCAGACGCAGAGACUGUUGGAGCUGACGGAGCCAGCUCUUGCUGGGCAUUUCGCAAGUGAGAAGGUGCCGAUCGAGAUGUUCGCAGUUGGCUGGUUCCAGACACUGUAUUUGUACUUGAAUGUGCUUCCUCAGGACUCGCUGGAUCGCAUCUGGGACGUGUUUCUGUUCGAGAAGAACUGGAAGAUCAUGCUUCGCAUGGCACUGGCAUUGCUGCAGCUUUCAAAGGAACACGUGAUGGAAAAACCCAUUGACGAGAUCAUGCAGUUCUUCAACACAUUUGCAGAUAACGCCGACGAGAUUCUGGCAGAAUCGCCACUUACCGAACGAGCGCUGCGUCUAAAAGUGACAAAUACGGUCCUCACUAAGCUGCAGAAGCAGCAUGUCAAGCACAAGCGCGCAUCUCCUACCAAGACCCAAACAUUCAGUUAAGUGUUUUUAAGGACUCGAAUAACAGUUAGCUACCCGU